AAUCAGGCUUCCCUGUCCGGAGGCGACGAGAGUAGCCGCACACCGCAACACAACCGACUAUAUCAUAUAGUCAUUCAUACGAAUUUACGAAGGUAUUUUUGUAAAACACACAGAGACAGAUGGUGAGGCUCACCGCCGACGUGAUUUGGAAGAGCCCUCAUUUUUUCAAUGCCAUUAAGGAGCGAGAGUUGGAUCUUCGAGGUAACAAGAUUGCUGUAAUCGAAAACUUGGGAGCUACAGAGGAUCAAUUUGAUACCAUUGAUCUGUCUGACAAUGAGAUUGUCAAAUUGGAGAACAUGCCGUAUCUCAACCGACUGGGUACUUUGAUUAUUAAUAACAAUAGAAUUACCCGUAUCAAUUCCAAUAUUGGAGAGUUCUUGCCAAAGUUACACACAUUAGUUCUUACAAAUAACAGGCUUGUCAACUUGGUAGAGAUUGAUCCCCUUGCAUCCCUUCCUAAGUUGCAGUUUCUCAGCCUGCUGGAUAACAAUAUUACAAAGAAACCAAAUUAUAGGCUAUAUGUUAUUCACAAACUAAAGUCUCUCCGAGUUCUGGAUUUUAAGAAAGUAAAAAACAAGGAGAGAAUGGAAGCCAUAAAUUUGUUUGCAUCUAAAGUAGUUGAAGAAGAAGCUGAAAAAGAAUCCCUAAGAACAUCCACACCAGUGGAGGUUCAGAAUGAUAUAGAAGCUGCUGCAGAGGAACAACAAACUCCUAAUGCGAUUGGUCCAACACCUGAGCAAAUAAUAGCUAUUAAGGCUGCCAUAGUGAAUUCCCAGACUCUUGAAGAGGUUGCAAGACUUGAAAAGGCAUUAAAGACAGGUCAACUUCCUGCAGAUUUGAAUACUUUAAUUGAUAAUAUGGAGUCCAGCAACUUUAAAGAAAACCAUGAAACUGUGGUCAAUGGUGAAAAUGAGAAUGCAAAUGUGCUGAGGGAUGUGGAGGAACAGGGAAACAAGGAAUCCACACCCAUGGAACAGGAUUAGAGUUGAGGUUUAUUUAUAGCCUUCUCUAUGGAAGAGCUUGAUCAAUAUCGCCUCCUUGGUGGCUGAUUUUAAAGGAGGAAAAUAUCUAUAAUCUGAGAAUUAUGAUGACUUAUGAUCUAUGUGGACAUGUAUUAUGAAGUUCUUUUACUUUUCUUUUUCCAAUUAACUUAUAUUUUUAUUUUUAUUUUUGAGGUGUGGUCGUUUUAGUGUUCUGAAUCUUUUGCCUCUGCGUGUAUGCAUUUCUAGUUGAGUCCUUCGGGACUUUUUAUAUACAGGUUUAUGGAGUUGGUCUCUA